AGCCACCCACAGCGCACGCCCGCUUCGCAAACCCAUCGAAACGAGCAGCCGAAAAAGCCUUCCCAAAAAACACAGAGCUCCCACGCCCCCAACCCAACCCAACCCAACCCAACCCGGCCACCUCCCUUCCUCUUCCUGCUCCUCGCUUCGCCUCGCCUCGCCGGUGUCCUCCACGCCUCGCGCCGCUCUCAAAACCCUAGCUCCGGUUCCCUUCCCCGCCGCCGCCCCGCCCCGUUCGCUCGGAUCGCGCCGUGGAGGCCGCUGCUCCCGCUCCCGCUCCUGCCCGAAACCCUAGCUCACCCCCCCACGCUCUCGGAUCUCGCGAGGCCGCGAUGGCGGAGAGGAAGCUGGAUCGACCGGCCGCGCUCGGGAAAGAUGCGUUGUCGCUUGGGAUCGAGGAGGACAGGGCCGCCGCUGCCGCCAUGGGGUUCGUCGACGAUUCCAAAGAUCAGCUGCACCUGGAUAACAGCAUUCCUCUGUCUCCUCAGUGGCUCUACACCAAGCCGGCUGAUGGAAAGAUUUCACUGCCUCAUGGGUCCUCCUUUGAACCUGCUGAAAGGGAAGUGAGGAUGUUGGAAGGAACUAUUGAUAGGAAAGAAAGAAGGCGGAAUGUAUUUGAUGCUGACAAUAGUCUUCGUUGGCUUGAAGAGGAGAGGGAAACAAGCUUGCUUGGGAGGAGGGAGCGCAAGAAGGAAGUGGAGCGGGAUGUUGAUAAUCGUAAAAUUGAUCGACGAUCUGACAAUGUUUCUGCAAGGGAUAACACUGAUUCACGUGCACCUCCUCCAUCUGAAAGGUGGAAUGAUGGUUCCACCCGCAUGGGGAAUGAGGGUCGCCGUGAUGGAAAAUGGUCAACAAGAUGGGGACCUGAUGACAAGGAGAAGGACUCUAGGUCAGAAAAGAAAGUUGACACAGAAAAGGAUGAAACACAUGCUGAAAAGCAGACAUUCACAGGAAGGCUGCUGUCUGAGUCUGAUUCCCGUGAUAAAUGGAGGCCUCGUCACCGGCAGGAAAGUCAUUCUGUUGGGACGGCAACAUACCGCGCUGCUCCAGGCUUUGGAUCGGAGAAAGGGCGUGUAAAGGACUCAAAUGUUGGCUUUGCCCCUGGGCGAGGCAGGGGAAACCCAAACUCAGUCACAUCCUUCAGCCGGCCAUCAUCUGCAGGACCAAUUGGUGCCCCGGCUGUGCACGGGAGGUCUGCAAAAUCUGCUGUUAGCUUCCGCUACCCAAGAGGGAAGCUUCUGGAUAUUUACAGGCAAAAAAAUAUGAUGUCAUCCUUUGAUGAUGCUAAACCGGAAGAAAUUCCUUCCAUCACACUCUCUACUUCUGCAAAACCGCUUGCCUUUGUUGCACCGGAUACUGUUGAAGAGGCUCUUCUGGAAGAUAUUAGAAAGGGUAAAGUCAUUAGCAGCGAGGGAAGCAAUGCAACUGGAAACAAAAAAGAGAGGGCAAAAGAGCUUGAAGAACCCUCUUCUGGCAUUGAUGAAGACAAAGACAAGGUCGAUGUAGCAUCUGGUGGUUUGGUUCAGGAAGGAUCUGCAACUUUAAUCUCGGAGAAGGAUGCCUUCUAUGACAACCGGAUGCUGUCUGGUGGUGUUGCUCCACCAAAGAAAUCUAUGGAACAAAAUGCUGGCAGUAAUCAAUACAAGAUUGCUGGCAUUCAGGAUGGUUUGAAAACUGAUGAAGCCAAGUCAAGUACUGAUCUUGAUCUUAGCACUAAACUACCUGAUGAUGCAAACACACUGUUUGAUGUGCCACCUUUUGAGCAUCACUCAGAACCCCCUAUCCCGUACCAAAAUAGUGACAUUGAUAUAAAAGCAGGUGGCCAUGCUAGUUACCCAGAGGAGUUGACAUUGUAUUAUCUGGAUCCCCAAGGAGGCGUGCAGGGUCCAUUUCUGGGUGCUGACAUAAUCUCCUGGUAUGAAGAUGGAUACUUUGGUUUGGAGUUACCUGUGCGUUUGUCUCAGGCUCCAGAUGAUGUUCCUUUCCGCCCACUUGUUGAAGUCAUGCCACAUCUUGGACAGAAGCCGCAGUCUCAUCCACCUGCAGUCUGUGAUGAAAGUGCUGAAUCUUUGGAUUCUGCCCAAAGUAAAUUUGAAGCUGCAAUCCCUACUUCUGCUUCUUCCGGGAAAAGUGUCCAAGCCUCCAAAUGGGAUUCUGAAAGCAAUGCAGUUGAUCCUAAAAGAGGUGAUCAUGACGCAUCAUUACCUUCGCGUACUGGUUGGUUAUCUUCACAUGAAACAGGAAAGGAUACAGCAAAUAUUAGUAGUUGCCAGCAGAACAUUCCUGAAUCAGUGACUCAGGAUGCUGAAGAAGUGCUGUACACUGGGAGGCCUAAUAGCAGCAUGGGUCAAUCUGUACGGGAUCUUGAAAAUGACCGUGCAGAUUUCCAGUUGGCACCACGUGAUCCUCAUUCUGCUGUGGGCGAAGCUAAUUUGCAGCAGCAUGAUAUUCCAAGAGAGUGUGAUCUCAGUCCUCUUGGCUUACUUUGGUCUGAGCUGGAAGGGAUGCAUCCAAAGCAACCUCUCUCAUCAAAUGUACUUGGCGUAAAUGAGCGUAGAAAUCCCAAGCCUACAGCGCCCAAGGAUAUUCCACCUGUAAACAUGAGACAUGGGCAACUUAGCAGGAUGAAUGAAGCUUCUAGUAUGCGUGAUGAAUGGCCUGCAAACUUUGGGCGGCUGGAUAGUAUGAACGACGCAAAUAUUUCAGGCAGAAUCCCUCAGGUUGAGGCUGAGCAUCAUUUGAAUUUUGAGGAGCAACUGCUGCUUCAACAGAUCCGAAGGGAGCAACUGCAGCAGGAGCAAAUGAUGGUCCGUAACAGCUUGGAGUUUCCUGGUCCAUUUCCAGGCCAAGUGUUUGAUUCUUUGCACCAACACCGGCAGCCUGUGAAUCAACCACUUUCUGAUGUGGAGCAUCUUUUGAGAGUCCAGUUUGAACUUGACCAGCAGCAGCAACGUCGCCAACAGCUCCAACAGGAGCAGCACCAAAGGCAGCUGCAGCAACAACGGCAAGCCCAGCUUUUGCAGCAGCAGCAACAGCAGCAGCAGCAGCAGCAACAGAUGAUUCUUGAGCAACUGUUGCAGCAACAGUUGCAGGGUUCAAAUUUUGGACCAACGAAUAUGGUUGAUCAAGUCUUACUUCGGGAGCAUGUAUUAAAUGAACUGCAUCAACAACCUCACCAUUUACAAAGGCAGCAUGAUGCGGCGAUUGAACAACUAAUUCAAGCAAAAUUUGGCCAUGGCCUUCAUAGGGAGCAUCAUAAUGAUAUGUUGGAUGUUCUCUCACGUCCAAACCAGAGACAGAUGCUUCCUUUGGAGCAGCAAAUUCUUUUAGGCCUUCAGCAGGAGCAGCUUCAGUCACAACAGCUGGCUAAUGCUCUGCGGCAACAUUCAGGCAGGGAGGAAGAAAGGCACUUAAGUGGGGUCUGGCCAAUGGAUGAUGCAGCACAGUUUAUCCGCCCAGGAACCAGUCCAAAUCAAGGUCAUGCAUCUCGGCAUGGUCGUUUCGAUCUCCUAGAGAACAUUCAGAGAUCUUCGUCGUUUGAGCAGCAUGAACCUCUGGACCGGAACUUGUCCUUGCACGAGCGAUUGCAUAGGGGAGGCCAAGGUAUUCACUCACUCGAACGGUCAGGUUCUUUUCCUGGUGGUGGUCCUGUACCAAAUCCAGAUGUUAUAAAUGCCCUAGCACGCCAUCAUGGACUUGGUCAGUUGGAAACACAUGGUGAUUUAUAUUCUUUAGGACAAAUGCCUAUGCUUCCUUCAGGGGUUCACCCCCAGCAACAUAGGCUUCAAGAGCAGCUUUCUGGUUCACACUUAGGAAGGCUGGAAAGGCACUGGUCAGAUGCCAAUGGACAAAUGCAAAAUAGUCUAAUGGAAUCUUCACGUAUCAACCAGUUGCAGAUUGAAGCAGAGAAGCAGAGGAGGAAUGUGGAAAUGAACCUUUCUGUUGACAACCCACAUGCAUGGGCAGCACUUAUGAACAAAGAGAGGAACACGGAGCAAGAUUUGAGUGAUAUGAUUCACAGCAAACUUGUCCUUCAGUCACAACAAUCUUUGGGCUUCCCUGAUGUUCCAGUGCCGGCAUCGUUUGGGCGUAAAGAUCACUUUGCACAACCUGUUGCGGAAAACCCUUUGAGAUCCCCAGUGGACAGGUUAUCUUUUGAGGAGUCUCUUGCAGAAAGGUCACUUUUUGCAAAAACAGGUCAGUCAGCGCAGGAGGGAUCAGCCGACCUUGAUAGUUUACCCAACAGUAUUGAGAACAGUGGAAAAUACAACAUUAGAUCAAGCUCUGGAUCAAUGCUUGAGCAGAAGCAUUUUCUUGGAAUUGAUGAUCUUCAAAGCGACUUUUCAGAUGUCACAGGUGGCAGAGCGUCAGCUAAUCAUUUGGUUGGGAGUGUCAAUGAGUUGACCAGGGGGAAAAAGCAGGGUUCAAGUGUGAACUUGGUUGCGGACGAUACUAACUUUUCUGAAGAUGCUGUUAACAACUGGUCUGAUACUGGUGUAUCAAAAGGGAGCUCUCACUCCUUAUUAAAACGCUCCACAAACCAACAUACAGCUACAUCCCAGGCUGUUUCUACGGAUCUAUCAGCAAUCAGGCUGAAGAAGGCAGGCCUUAUGUCCUCUGUUGAGAAUAAGAUGGAAUCAGGUGUCACAUCGGUAGCCCAGGCUAUGGAAGCCUCUGUUCCUAGCAACAAAGAGACAGGGGUGUAUAGCGUGCCAUCAGCCACAAACAAUCCAGAUGCCUCUGGUCCUUCAUUCAGUGAAGCGCUGAAGUCAAAGAAACCUCCGUUGCAGUAUGAUACCUUGGAAUCUGCUGACGGUGGCCCAGGUGGUAAAGGUGCGAAGAAGAAAACAAAGAAAGGAAAGCAGAUCGACCCUUCUCUUCUUGGCUUCAAGGUCCACAGUAACCGGAUCAUGAUGGGCGAGAUUGUUCGAGAUGAUUAGCAUACUGUUGUGUGUACAUGCUCACCUCUUUGUAACUCCACAAAAAUUUUGUGGUGUGGCUCCAUUUUUUUGCCUAGAUCCUUUUCUUUAGCCUUAGUUUUUACCAGAUUUGUCAAGAUGUAGUGAAAUUAGGUAGACUUUCUGUAUCGAUGCCCUCAGGUUUACAGAAGUUGACAUUUGUACAGGACAGACAAGAUCAUCGUGUAUUUUGGUCCACAGUUUUGUUGGUGAUCUGUCGUAAACUGUGAAUGUAUAGAUGAUAGCACCUGAGCCAGGAUGCUUUUCGCCGUUAGCAUU